AGUUCCAGUUUAUCACUUCUAUCCGAUCGUACUCUUAAUAAUAAUAUCGAUAUAAAACAAACGAGACUAUUUCCGAGUGCUUGCAUAUAUUUUUGGCUAGUAUCUAGUGUCGUUAUUAUAAUUUAUAUUGGUGUUAUUUUUUUACUUAACGAUGGAUGAGAAUAUAAUUGAUCCAACCAACUCAAUUGCAACAUUUUAUGUUGGACAAAGUAUAUUUUUAACAGGCGCGACAGGAUUUCUGGGUAAAGUAUACAUCGAGAAAAUAUUACGAUCUUGCCCAGAUGUUUGUGAGAUAUUUGUAUUGAUGCGUUCGAAAAAAGGAUUAAGCAUUAACGAAAGACUCGAAAAGAUAUUAAACUUACCGUUAUAUGAUAGACUGCGAAAAGAGCAACCCUCAAAUUUCAAAAAAUUAAUUCCGAUUUCCGGUGAUGUCACUGAAGAAAACUUAGGAUUGUCAGCUGUCGAUAGGCAAAUGCUAACAGAAAGAGUGACUAUAAUAAUCCAUUCAGCGGCGAGUGUAAAAUUUAAUGACAGCUUAAAAUACGCUAUUCUUUCCAAUACUAGAUCAACAAGAGAUAUCUGCAUUUUAGCUCAAAGUAUGAAGAAUUUAAUAGCACUUGUGCAUAUCAGUACAGCAUUCGCACAUAUAAAUAAUGCUUUCGUAGAAGAAAAGGUUUACCCACCUAUAGCCGAUUGGCGGAAAAUGAUCAAAAUGGUCGAGUCAUUAGAUGAACAUAUUAUAGAUAUUUUUACAACUAAAUGUUUGAAUAAUUUUCCCAAUACAUAUAUAUAUUCAAAGAAUUUAGCUGAAACUAUAAUAGCGGAAUAUUCUUCAUCAUUACCUUGUGCGAUUGUAAGACCUUCUAUAGUGACAGUUUCAUUGAACGAUCCAUUUCCAGGAUGGAUAGAUAAUUUUUAUGGUAUAACUGGAAUACUCGUUGGUGGUGCGAAAGGAGUAAUACGAGUAUUCAAUGCUCCUAAACAUAUUUGUAUAGAUGCAGUGCCAGUAGACAUUGUCAUCAAAGGUAUAAUAAUCACAACUUGGCAGCUUGGAUUGAACACCUUCCCGACAGAUCAACCUUUUAUCUUAAAUUGUGCUUCUUCUAAUAAAAAAAACUUAUCACUGCAAGGAGUUAUCAAAAUGGGUUUUCAACUCACAAAGGAAAUACCCUUGGAGGGAAUUGUUUGGACUCCUAAUACAACACUUACUAGUAGUUCCAUCACAUAUUACAUAUUGACAAUAUUAUUGCAUAUUUUGCCAGCUAUGUUAAUAGAUCUGAUUUUAAAACUUGCGAAAUAUCAACCUAUGUUAAUAAAAAUGCAAAGAAAAAUAUACGUGGCUAAUUGCGCUUUAAAACAUUUUGUAUAUAAUGAAUGGAAAUUUGAAAAUAACAAUGUUAUGAAAUUACUGACCUUGAUUCCACCCAAGGACAGAGAAGUAUUUUCAAUCGAUCUACUUAAUAUUGAUAUUAAGGACGUAUAUAGGAAUGGUAUAAUUGGAGCAAAACUAUAUCUCCUCCACGAGGAUAUGAAUCGAUUAGAUGCAGCCAAAACGCAUCGUAAAAGGAUGGAUUUAUUUGUUACGACAUUGAAAACUAUUACCAUUAUUGGAUUACUGUGGAUGAUAUAUAAGUGGAUCUGUUUAUCUUUUAUUUUAUUCAUUUUUUACCGGAAACAGUUGCGUUUAAACAUGAAGAAAGACGUGGCAAAUACAUUUAUACCAGCAUUUUAUGCUGGUCGAAGCGUUUUGAUAUCAGGAUGUACUGGAUUUUUAGGCAAAGUGCUAUGUGAGAAAUUGCUACGUUCUUGUCCUGACAUUGCUGAAAUAUUUGUCCUGAUAAGGCCGAAGAAGCAAUUAAACGUCAACGAUAGACUCAAAGAAAUGUUAGAAAACAAGCUUUUUGACAUUUUGCGAAGCGAGCAACCAAGUGCUCUCAAUAAACUUAUUCCUAUUGCAAGUGAUGUUAGUGUUGAAGGUUUAGGAUUACUUCCUUCCGACAGAGAAAUGCUAAUCGAAAAAGUAAACAUAAUAUUUCAUGUUGCGGCAAGUGUAAGGUUUGAUGACAAUUUGCGUAAAGCGAUAUUCAACAAUACGAGAUCAACGCGGGAUUUGUGUAUUUUAGCAACAGAAAUGAAAAAAUUAGUAGUUUUGCUGCACGUUAGCUCGACAUAUACUCAAACUGACAAAUCUGUGGUUCAGGAGACUCUGUAUCCCUCGGAACUGGAUUGGAAAGAGGCGAUUAAAGUAGCCGAAACAGUAGACGAGUAUACUUUGAGGACAUUUACAGCAAAAUAUCUGGCAACGAUGCCAAAUACGUAUACAUUUUCGAAAAGAUUAGCGGAAGCAAUAAUAAACGAUUAUUCAAAAUCACUGCCCUGCGUGAUCAUCCGGCCAUCCAUAGUUGUCUCGACGGCAAUUGAGCCUGUACAAGGAUGGCUCGAUAAUUUCAAUGGACCCAUAGGAUUAUUUGUUGGUGGAGGAAAGGGCGUUUUGCGUGUUGUUUACGUUGAUCCUGUUGUUACUUCCGAUUUUAUACCCGUGGACGUAGCAAUUAAAGCGAUGAUAAUUGCUGCUUGGCAUCGUGGACUCAAACCCAUCACCGAAGACGAUACGAUGCAUAUUUAUAAUUGCUCGUCGCACGAUGUAAAGCAGAUCAACAUAAAAAAUUUGAUACAAAUGGCUUUUAAAAUAACAAAAGAUGUUCCAUUGGAGCAAAUUGUCUGGUCGCCAGCUACUACAAUAACAAAGAAUCCCUAUAUGUAUUAUAUACUUGUUUUAAUUAUGCACAUUUUCCCGGCAUUUUUCAUCGAUAGAAUCAUGAAAUUAUUUGGUGCACGUCCAAUGUUAUUAAAAUUACAGAGAAAAAUCUACUGCGCAAAUAACGCAUUGUCCUACUUUUUGACGAAUGUAUGGACAUUUCACAAUGAAAAAUUAAUUAAUUUAUUCGAUGAUCUUAGCGCAGAAAAUAAACAACAUUUUGGAUUUGCUUACAGAGAUUUCAACAUUGAAAAUUACUUUAGAAAUGGAUUAAUUGGCGCAAAAGUAUACUUACUCAACGAAGAUAUGAACCAGCUAGAAGCAGCUAGAUAUCAUCGAAAAAGGAUGGACUGGCUCAACAGAAUAACCACGAUGUUGUUCGUCAUACUCAUUUUAUGGAUAUUUUAUCGUAAUAACACUCUGUCUUACAUUACGAAUUAUUUUAUCCCUUAUUAAUUAUUAAUUAUUCUCGUAAUUUUUCAAACUGCCAAAUAUGUAUACUUUAAUCUUGCUUUAAUUGAGUAUUCUGGCAAUAAAAAUAUUCACAGCUAUGUAAGUUUAAUAAUUU